CGACUGGUGCAGGACGUUCGGGAGCUGUACCUGGGCAAGACUCAGCCAACAACCCCCUUGACUUGCAAUGCCAUGUCCCCAAGAGUCAUCCUCAUACGGCUCACACAGAAGUGUUCAUCAUAGACUGGCAUGUCUCUGGCAUCAAGCUAUAGCUCGUCACCGUGUUCAAGGUCAGGCGCCUUCCCAGCUGUUUGAGGGGCGAGGAUUAGUCCUGGGUCCCCGUAGCCCCUGGACCUUCAGAAGCGCCUUCAGUACAAGACUGUGGAAAGUGAAGGGGUAGAGAUACUCUUCCCGUGACGGUGGUACUGACAACUCCUAAUGGGCCAGCAGUGUUGCCAUCUCCAGCCGCUCCGGCCUCAACACGCCGGUCCUGCCUCAUCACACAGUGAGGCGAGGAGAGGCACCGAUUCCCAGAAGAGCGCCCGUGCUGCGUCACCUCACAACGAGCAAGGCGAGAGCUGGGAAAUUAGGCGCUGUGAUCUAGAAUUCAUUAAGAUUAUUGGUAGAGAUUACCUCGGGACCUCACAGGAAGGCAACAUCUGGUCUGGGAAGUGGAGGGGAAGCAUGCAGGUUGAAAUUAAGACAGUGGAGAUGAAGAAGAAAGGUGCCAGGGAGUAUUUGGAGAAUGUGGAGCUCCUGCGAGGCCUGCAUCACCCUAACCUCCUGAACCUGCUGGGGGUGUGUGCAGAGGGUCACCAGGUGCACGUGGUUACCGACGGUCCUCUCAGCGCAUCAAACCUGCAGUUCUGGCUAACGCGCUGCCGACAGGUGUGCUUGCCUCUACACCUGCAUGUGUUGUCUCAGGUGGCGAGUGGCAUGGCGUACCUGGAAGAACACGAUCUUCUCUACUUCGAACUGGCAGCGAGGGAGAUUCUCAUGACCAGCGACUUGGUGUGUAAGCUGCGAGUGUGCUACUCCGUCAGGACACCCCAGCACGCGACGCCUAAAGAUCUUCCCCUGAACUUCGCAUGCGUGAUUCCGGAGUUGUCUGCGAGCGGUGGCGUAUCGAUCAAGACCUGUGUGUGGCUCUUCGGCAUGUUCAUGCUGGAGGUUGUGAAGGGCGGCCAGCUGCACCCCCAUGAGUACACGAGCAACCAGGUGGUGGAACAACUCAAGAAAGGUCACGGUAUCCCUCCACCUGCCAACUGCCCUCAGGAACUGUACAAGCUCAUGAAGAAGUGUUGGUUCCCGCCUCCUGAGAAGCGUCCAUCCUUUGCCUCCCUUCGAGACUCCCUUCAGGAAGCCGCAGCAGGAUACACAGAGGAGGAUGUCAAGAUGUGUCUGCAAGAUUGAUCAGUGUUGCAGCUGCAGAGUCCUCCGUGAAGAGCUUCGGACCGGCAGUCGCACACGUGAUGGCCCAGAUAAACACCACCCACUUGUCGCCUUAUCAUUCACACUGCCCCGUCAGCCUUGGUGGAGAGGAUAGUCUCGCUGACUACCCUACAACAAUACACCCCUAGGAGCUUAAGCUAAACAUUUAUACAGGUUAAAAAUAAGAAAA